UCCACAAUGAGGGAAAGGAAGACAACAGAUCCAGUUCAUUUGUCCACAGAUCUGAGUAAAGGGAAGGAGAAGUUAAGACUGAAACGGGAGGUGGGCCUGAUUAGCAGCGUGUCAUUAAUUGCAGGCACCAUGAUAGGCUCGGGGAUCUUUAUGUCCCCUGAGUGGGUGCUACAUCACAUGGGGAACCCUGCCAGCAGCCUGCUGGUCUGGGCAGCAUGUGGGCUCCUGGCCAUGUUUGGAGCCUUGUCGUACGCUGAGCUUGGAACAAUAAUUAAAGAGUCUGGAGGAGAAUAUAUUUACAUUUUGAGGAUUUUUGGUUCUUUUCCUGCUUUCCUUUUCGCCUACACUUCUGUGAUCCUGGUGAGACCAGCUGGUUUGGCAGCUGUCUGUCUGAGCUUUGCUGAGUACGCCACUGCGCCGUUCUACCCAGGAUGCUCGUCUCCGCAGGUUGCCAUCAAAUGUACAGCUGCUGCCUGCAUCCUGAUUUUAACCAUCAUCAACUGUCUCAACGUGAGGCUGGCGACAUCUGUUAUGAACAUUUUUACAGCUGCCAAACUCUUGGCUUUGCUGGUGAUCGUGGUGGGUGGGUUGGUGCUGCUUGCCAAGGGACAAACUCAGAGUUUCCAGAAUGGUUUUCAAGGGACGACUGCAGGYAUUGGGGCAGUUGGAGUGGCGUUUUACCAGGGACUCUGGUCCUAUGAUGGAUGGAACAACCUAAAUUAUGUAACUGAGGAACUCAAGAAACCUGAGGUGACCCUUCCCAGAGCUCUGAUGAUUGCCAUUCCUUUGGUUACAUGCCUGUAUUUGCUGGUAAAUGUGAGCUACUUGGCAGCCAUGACUCCCUCUGAGCUGCUUUCUUCAGGAGCUGUGGCCGUCACUUGGGGGGACAAAGUCCUGGGCAGCUGGGCAUGGCUCAUCUCCCUGUCAGUGGCCCUGUCUACGUUUGGUUCAUCGAACGGCACAUUCUUCAGCGGAGGGCGUGUGUGCUACAUUGCWGCCAGGGAGGGCCAUAUGCCAGACAUUCUGUCCAUGGCUCACGUGCGAUGCCUCACGCCCUCCCCUGCUCUUCUAUUCACAUCUGCAAUGUCUUUAAUAAUGAUAAUAUCKGGAAACUUCACCAGUAUUGUGAACUUUUUCAGUUUUAUUGCAUGGCUUUUCUAUGGCAUAACUAUUUCUGGGCUCCUGUAUUUGAAAAUCAAGAAACCAGAACUGCCAAGAUCUUACAAGGUCCCAAUUAUCAUCCCCAUAAUCGUGCUGAUGGCAGCUGUGUACCUGGUGUUAGCUCCCAUCAUUGAUCAACCCCAAAUGGAGAUCCUCUACAUCGUCCUGUUCAUUUUCAGUGGUGUUGUUUUUUAUUUCYCACUGGUUCGCUUCAAGUACCACCCUCGCUUUUUGCAGAAAGUCACUUUACACCUCCAGUUGUUGCUGGAAGUUGCUCCARCUACCAAGGAUGCAAACUGAGAUAACAUCCUCCCUUCCCAUGGCUGCCUACACCUCAUGGUUUAUCCCAACACCUUGGUUUUCAAGGCUCACAAAAGAUUCUCUGUAAAGAGGAAUGAGUAGAACGAGAGUGACACUAAGUGUCCAGGUGUAAUGGACUACAGACAUGACUCCUCAUGUUUCCUUAAAAUUCUGGGGACAUGUUUUUCUCCUUUUCAGCUCUGCUUUGGCAAAUUCCAUACAKAUUCCAAAGGAAUAUGUCCUUUUGUAUUUUUCAUCCCAAGAAGGGCUAUUUGUCAAAAUCUCAGAUAUUAUUUUUCAAGGCAAAAGGCAGCAAAAGAUAGACAGUUAAAUACUAUUCUUCUACGGCCUGGGUCCCUAAGCCAUUCCUGGCAAUGCCUUUAAUUAUUUCCACCUAGUUCUGCCCACUGUGACUGUAGAGCAUCUCAAAUCAAUAAAGUAAGGGCUCACCAUACCCACAACAAUACAACUCUGGUAUUCACUCUGGAAAGACCUUGCUUGUUCCAGUCCCAGGUGCACAGUCACAACAGUCCUUUCUCUGUCUCAAAAAUCAUCCCACAUCUCCCACAGAGAAACCACUGACACAAGACAAGAAGUACUUUAAAACUCUGUCAAUUUACUUGAUUAAGAGUGCAGUUGUCAUCUGGGAUCCAUCCAUUCAUGAGGACACAGCAGCAUCACUCAAAUGCCACCAUUCACCUAAUAUGUUUCCCAUAAUUCCCCUGAAGACAACUGACUUCUUUUGUGACAAAGUAAGAAAAAAAACCCCRAACAACCCAACCAAAAACUCUGGAGCAUAUGUGCCAGCAAGACACUCUGCCUAGGAAUUAAAGAAACCACAUACUGGGCUACAUUAGGAGAAGUGUGGCYGGCAGAUGAAGGAAAUACUCUGUCUCUUUGGACUCAACACCUGAAAUCCCKCAUCCAGUGUUGGGCCCUGGUGUUCAAGACGGAGUUGUGAAGACCACAGAGCCAGUUGYCCUAAUAGCAACUCAGAGUAACAGCCACAAACUGUGGCUUGAGAUGUGCAGGCUGGACUUAGGGAAAAAUUCUUCACCAUGAGGAGCAGUGUGCAGGAAGGUAGUGAAAUCUCAGUUCUCUUACAUUUUCCACCACAACCAUUUCCACCAUAUGAUUCUAAAGGCACAGCAAAGAAGUCACGGGCUGUGCUCUCACCCACACCUAAUACACWGAAGUCACUGUUGUUUCCCAUUAUCUUGAGGCUCAACUGUUUUCUUCCUG